AUGGCGAAUGACGAGCACCGCCUGGCGCAGUUCAAGGCGCUACGGAGGAUUGGAGCCGGGCGGUUCGGCGAAGUCUUCCAGGUACAACACAAGGUAACGGGGGAGCUGUACUGCUGGAAGGUGGUGGCGUACAAGGGUCUGACGGAGAAGGAGAAGGAGCAGCUGGUGAUGGAGGUGAACGUCAUGCGCGACCUGAAGCACCCUAACAUCGUGCGCUACGUGGACCGCGUCGUGGACCGGCAGAAGCACCUGCUCUACAUCAUCAUGGAGUACUGCGACUCCGGCGACCUGGCGGAGAACAUGCGACAGUUCCGCAAGCACUACGACAAGGUCAACGAGCAGGUCAUCUUCGACAUCGCGCUCCAGCUGCUGUUCGCGCUGGCGUACUGCCACAACUCGUCGCUCGGCCCGAAACAGGGCAAGAUUCUGCACCGCGACCUGAAGCCGCAGAACAUCUUCCUGCACUCCAACUAUCGCAACAAGACGCGAAACGGAUACAUUUGCAAAAUCGGUGACUUCGGCCUGUGCCGCAGCAUUGGGCUGGAGUCCUUCGCCCACUCCUGCGUCGGCACGCCGUACUACUGGUGCCCCGAGCUUCUGCUCUCGCACUCGAAGAACUACGACGACAAGAUGGACAUGUGGGCGCUGGGCGUGGUGCUGUACGAGCUGUCUUACGGUAAGACGCCGUUUCACAAGGCCACGACGCUGGCCGAGCUGGCCCAGCAGAUGAAGAACGGCGUGCCGCUGCCGCUGCGCGGUCGCAGCAGGCAGCUCAACACCUUACUGUACGCGCUGCUUCAGAGGGACCCCGCGCGCCGGGCAAGUGCGAUCCAGUGUCUGGGGUUGCCCAUAUGGGACGGCCCUGUCUCCGACUGGUUCUGGGACACGGUGAACCCGCGUGACCGCGAGCGUAUCUACGAUAACAUCAUCCGCCGCAACAUGCAGAGGCUUCCGGUGUCAUCGCACAUGCUGUCCGAAUUCGCGGGCUCCGACUCAUCGCAAAUCUGCACGCCCAAGCCCCGCAAGAUAGGGCGCCUGGACGCUCGGAUCUCCACUGAAUUCGUCGAAUCGGACGACGAGGACAGCCAUAUCCUGGGCAUGGCGAGCACUCCGUGCGACGACAUCAACAUGGACGCGAGCUCUGUCAGCCACUCCUUCCCUGCCGCGGGGCCGCACCGUGCGGUGGAUAUCGCAUUCAGCCACCCCGGCCUUGUGGACGAGGAGACGCCCGACGAAUUCGACUGCAUCGAGGCGCACCUGUCCACGUGCCAGGAGGACUACGGCGCUUUGCGCAGCACUGAGCGCCGCAGCGACUCGGGCCACCCCGUGCAAGACAGCCAGACGUUGGAGCUGCCCGACAACCCCUUCCGCCGUGCCAUGUCCAAGCCGCAGUACGACGCGCCGGGAACCCCGCACAUGUACGUCCGCACGCCGACUCAGGUGCGUGGCAUGGACCGGUUUGGCUCGCGCGCGGAGGAAGCCACUGUCUACACGCGCGCGACGGAGGCGUCGCUGUCAGCGGAUUCGCAGGCGUCCACAUGCGUCCGGCGCCCCGCUCUGUACCGUCCCAUCUUCGGCAGCGGCGCGGGGUCGUCGUCCAGCUUCGGAGUCGGCUCACCGCACACACUGCCGAGUGAUGUACCACCACCUGUCGGCGGCAGCACCAUCUGUAGCCGCAGAAAGUACCUGAGAGAAAACAACUUCAGCUAA